AUGUGUCCAGAAAUAUUCUUAGGAAUGGACUACGACCAUUUUAUGGCAGAUGUUUGGGCAGUUGGAGUGACAAUUUAUUGUUUAGCAUCAGGUCAUUUUCCUUUUGAAGGAUCGAGCUCAAAUGUACUUUUAGCUGAAAUAAAUCGCGGAUAUACUCAGAUUGAACCAAAAUAUGGUCCAUUAAUCGAAAUAAUUAAUUCUUGCUUACAAAUCGAACCGAAAGCAAGACCAACAAUGUAUCAGCUUAAAAUCAAAAUCUUAGAUUCAAUGAAAUCGUCCCCAGAUACAAACCCAAAUUCAGCAUCUCGCGUUCUAUCUGUGAUUGCAAAGCAUCACGUCAUUCCAGGUAUUAAAAGACUUUCUCCAACAUCUUCUGGUAUAUUAGGUUAUUAA